CCAAAAUCAAACGCUUCUCCCCUCCAAAACCCCAACGCCUCGCCGUCGCCGGCCUCGCCUCCGCCGCGGGUUCCGCCAGAAGCGAUGCCCCGGAAGCUGCGGGCGCUCCGCAAGAGCCACGCCCUCGCCGGAGCCGCCCCUAAUGCCGACCUCGUCCGUAUCCCCUCCGCACGGGUAUCCACCCCAGCUCAAACCCUCGCUUCGGUGGCGACACAGGGUCGCGAUGACGCGGAGAAGCGGCGGGUGGUCGGUGUGGUGGUGGGAAAGGGCUGCUUGAAGCGGUCGGUGGGUGGUGCCAGCGGCGGGGGUUCCGGUUCGUCCAAAAAGGUGAGCUUUGUGUUGGAGCCCCAGGUGCGGGUCAUGUCACCAGCUGCUGCCAACACAAGGGGAACGCGGAAGGGCGGGGAGACCGUUCCUGUUCCUGGUGAUGACGGUGCUGACGUAGGCGGAGGGAGGCCUCGUCGUCAAACCCGUGUCCAACUUGGUGGUGGUUCUGCUCCAGUGGUAGGGGCACAUGCUCCGGUUAGGCGGUCUAAGAGGAUUGCGAUGAAUUUGGGUGCUGGAGUUGAGCAGCUUACUGCUCCGGCUAAAGCAAUUUCGGCAGCUCCGGCACCUACUGAUUUAGCACAUUCUAACAUAGUUGGAAGUAAUGCUCCCAAGGCUGAGGAAGAAGAUGAGGUAGAAGAAACUGUUGGCAAGACGCGGAACAAGAAGAGAAAGUGCAUGGAUAGUUCUGUGCAUAUGAUUCUCAAUGCACAAAUUGGAGUUCCUCGUAGAUGCACAAGGUCGAGCGGCCGGCUACCAGCAGCCCCUUUGGUAUGCUCUCAUGUGCUUGAGAAGAGAGGGCGGAUGAAGGUAACAUAUGUUAAGGAACAGACAUGUGUUGAGGAGCAACCUGCUGAAGAUCAAGACUUAGGUAGAACACUAAAUUCUGGAUUAAUUGCUCUUGAGAGCAAGAGAAGUUGCAGCAAGGUGCAAGAAGAUGAACUUGCUGCGCAAAGGGCUGCUAAGGAGGAAACAUCAGGUAGGGCCACAAGAUCAAGCUCAAUAGCAGCUGCUAUGAUGUCUCCCACUGUCGUUGAGUACAGGAGGACAAGGAACACAGAAGAUGCACGCUCUGAUGGGGAGAUGCCUAUAAAGGAUGCUCCUGUUCUCGGUGGUUUAAGGAGUAGAGCUGGUCAGGGUAACAAUGGUGUGGUGGAGGAAAGUCACUUUGUCAAGAAAUUGGGAAAUAGGAGGGGACCCAGUAAACCAACUACUUGCAUCAACAGGCAUCAACAGCUUGCAUCUUCUAUAGAGGAAGAAUAUCAAGAACACGGUGUUGCUCCCUUUAAGGCCCCUCCACUGAGGCAAUCUAGGCGAAACCAUUCCGCUGCCAGAGAAUUGUCGUCCACGCACAAUGCGGCAAAUGAUGGCAUAGAGGAUAAUGUGGCGAAGGAAGACGAACAUUUGGAGUUACCAAGGAAUGGCAGAGCUAAGGAUUGUGCCGGUGCAGAGGAGCAAGUGGCCGAGGUGGUAGUGAGAAAAGGGUGUUUGAAGCAUCCAGGGGCUGAUGCGAGCAGUGGCAGCUCCAGUGCUGCCAAAAAGGUGAGAUUUGUGUUGGUGGAGCAGGCAGAAGCGGAGAUGGUUGGAUUCAGGAGGCCAUGGGUAACAUGGUCCCCUGUUGUUGCCAAGACAAGGGGUAGGCAGAAGGCCAGUGUGACUCUUUGUAACGCCCUCGAUGCGGCUAUAUCUCCCACGUGUCGAAGCACGACUUAGAGGCAUAACCGCAUUGAAAGCAAUGUCGCAAGUGAGGCUUGCAGCAACUCAAGGAAAAUAUGAUGAUGGUUUGUAGAGUAUAUUAUAGAUGGUGCGUUCACAACAUUCAUCAUCGAUGCUUGACAGAGGCAGAUCCCAUCACUAAUCUCAGCAGCAAUAGUUGCAACCAAACAUGGGCUGAAUGCGUACUGACGGCCCGCACCGUACCCCCACCUUGUGGGGGACGAGCUCCGCAGCUCCUACGUCGACGUCUACUCCAACCUUCUCUCCAGCAGCAAGGGGCUCAUGAGCAUAUUUGGUUCGUCGAACAAAAGAAGGAUUUGAGGAUUUGAGGUACUCAAAGAUGUCAAGGGCAUUCUCAAGCCAUUGAAGUAACUGUUCUUGCCAAGCGCAGUCUAGGAUGUUAGUGUUAGUUUACAUACAUGGUUGACAUUUCUUCUCGAACCUCACACUUAUGCAAGCACUAACUGGGAAGCCUGAUAGAAGUCUCAAGAGUUCUAUUUGCUUAUGGUGGACGAGAAGCAGUAUUUCGUGGGAUAGAACAUUUUGCCAGUAACUGAUCUGGUCAUGGGAUGUACUCUCAAAAUGCAAGACGCGAUGCUCGCUCUGCCAGGUAGCUAUGGGUCCAAAGUGUGCAUAACUCUUGCUAACCUGGACGUAUUGUCUUUUAGAAACAG